AUGGACGCGAGAAUGUGCAGAGAAAUGGCCGUUCCGAUGAACCUGGGCGAACCGCACGCCAUUGGUUUCCAUGGUGAAACAACCGCAGGCGCUAGUAGAGCAGUAGGGGACAAGGUCUCGCGCGGGAGGCAUGCAGCUGCGCGGACCACGACGCAAUAUGCUGUGAACAAUAACGAGCGUCUGCGGCCAUUCGAGGGGCAAAACCCCGGGGACGGGCACGUCCUGUCGCGAUGCCCAGUGGGAACCCAUCAACGCGUGCAGCGCGCCCAGCGAGCGUCGACGUGCGCCACAACCGCCUCGUGCAGGAAGCGAGCGAAGAUGUGUAAUAGGAUGGCGGUCGUGCGAGUCCGGGUUUGCGCAGGGAGAGUCACCACCCGUCGGGACGUGUUGGGUGGAGUCGGUCCGAAGCCCGGCGCCAAUUUGCUUGCGAGAGACACGGAGGUGCGGGCAACGUCAUCCGGUGAAGAUCCGACCAUGGCGACGGGUGUAUUGGGGAGGAAUGCGGCGCGCAGGACAUGGUCCAUCGCGGUUUUGCGCGUAUGGCGACGGCGCGACCGCAACGCAGCCCGCCGGGACGAGCUGUCUCUGGAACGGCAAGACAAUUGA